UUUUAAUUUGGUUACAAAAAGUUCAAAAUAUUGACUUUACGAAACACACAAAAACAAAAGCAAAAGGAUCGGUUUCUGUUUCUCAUAUUUCUCUACACAGCCGUGCCGAUCGAAGCUUUUUCAUUUUCAUUUCUCCAUUCUCAUCUCUCACCAAUUUUGUAUUUUUCUUCUUCUUAAGAUGCCCAUGGACCGAAUUCAGCCAACCUCCGAAUCCCCAAGCACCAGGCUCAUGGUUCUCUCCAUCGAAUGUAUCAAAGGAAGCUCACGCGCCGACGAGUGGACCGGCGACAUGCUUCAGACCGGCGACAUAGUCGAGGAGCUAACCAUCGGUUCAUCUCUCUGUGUUAGAUCCCCUUUCAAGCACGGCCGCUCCGGAAUUCAAAAAAUUCUACACAAUUCCUUCAAGGACAAACAGACUUCCAUCCUGGUUCGUGUCCGCCGUGGCCGAGACGACUUCUCCGAGCUGCAGGCCUGUAUUGUCCCCAACGAUUCCGCCGGAAAAAAGCAGUACGUUCUCCGUUCCAUCACUGACCCGAAUUACGUUGUCGGGUUCAUGGAUCGCACCGAGUCAGAAUGCUUCGACCUUCAAGCAUCUAGGAGUGACAGAAUGGUAAAUGCAUUAGAAAGAACAAGGCUUCAAGAUGGAUAUGUAACAUACUCAUGGGAAAGAAGAAUGCAUGAAUCGCUAUCUGUUUCAUAUUCAAGCUCUUUUCUUUCCAUUCUUCUUCUUCCAAAAGCUGCUAAUGAAGUUGCCACUCGCUACAAUGAUUUGGAAGACACCCUUGCAAGAGCCAAUGCUUGGCUCAAUUCAGCUCAGGCCACUGGUGUCCCCAUUGUCUUUAUGAAUAUCCAAACUGAGUCUCUCUUAACAAAGAUAUCUGGAGAUACAGCUUCUUCUACUGUCAGUGCUGGGUCCUUGUCUGAUUUGUCCAAUCUCGCCAAUGCCAGUCUCUAUGGGUUUGAAGAUUACCAUGGGGUUGAUAUUGGUGUCGUUCGAUCUGUUCGUCUAUGGUAUGCUCCACUCGGAGGAGAGCUUCCUAUUGAGAUCAAGCUUAAAGAAGGUGAUUCUAAACUGGGGUUUUCCAUUGGUCGCACGGAAGAGGGAUUUAUCUAUGUUUCAGCGGUGGAUGAAGAUGACAAUGCGCCAUCUUCAAGGUCAGGGCUGAACCAUCUAUACAAGGAAGCUGAAAAUGCAUCCAAGUUGUUAAUAAUCUCUAGAGUUUCGAAUCAAAAGGUUCUCCCAUGGAUUGUAUCUUCAACCGGAGCAAUUCGAUGCUUCGACACGGUUUCACUUAGCCAGAAGCUGUCGUUGCAUAGGCACGCCAAGGUUCCAAUCUUCUUACACGUCUUUCUCUGGGACAGAGAAUUGUUAGCUUCUCUAAUCAGCGCUGCCCCAAUUAGGCAAAGAUCGACAUCUUCGCAACCAGUUGCUCCAGCACGACUGGCUUUGCCUCCAGAAUUUCAAUUACCUCGCCAACCAAAUGAUAAUCAAAUACAGCCAUUGCCGGCCGAUGCAUUCAGUGAGAGUGGAAGCGUGAGUACAGAUGAGUCGUCGUCAAUCAGAACAGAACGAGAAACCGCUGGUGAACUUUCCUUCAGAUUUCACGAAUUUUCCCUAUCAAGCAACUGAAUGAUAUUUGGGUUGCUCUACUUAUUGUUACAUAUCUGAUUAGAGAAAUUAAAUGUUCUAAAAUUUACUAUAUAAAAAACAAGUUCUUAGGUAUUGUUGAGUAUAGAAUCGUUCGUUCCUGUAUCUUCUAGCGCUUGUGUAUCCAUACAGAAAAUUAUAAAAAAAGAUUGCGUAGACUUUAAUUCAAGACGAAGAA